AUGGACCCAAAAAUAUCAAUAGAAGAUCAAUUUUCUAAGUUACAUCCAUGUCUGCCAGCAAAUACCAGAAUUGGGAUAAUAGGAGCAGGUCCAAGUGGCAUAUCAGCUGCUUAUGCACUAUCUAGGCUUGGUUACUCUAAUGUGACGGUAUUGGAAAAGCAUCAUACAGUAGGUGGCAUGUGUGAAUCAGUCGAAAUUGAAGGAAAGAUUUACGAUCUGGGUGGUCAAGUGCUUGCUAAAAAUAGUGCACCAGUCAUCUUUCAACUUGCAAAGGAAACUGAGUCUGAAUUAGAAGAUAUGGACUCACACAAGCUUGCUCUGAUAGACAGCUCUACGGGUAAAUAUGAGGACAUUAAAGUUGCAGACGAUUAUGUAUCUGUAAUCUCACUGACCUUAGAACUCCAGGAUAAGGCUAAAGAUUCGGGUCACAUUGGUGUCCGAGCUGUGAGUGAAUAUGCUUCAGAUUUAACUCCAGCAUAUUAUUUGUGUCGCGGAUUUAAAUCUAUCCCCAAAUCUGUGGCUUAUGGAUACACUGCUUCGGGUUAUGGGUUUCCUCAAGACAUGCCUUACGCAUACAUUCAUGAGUUCACUCGAACUUCUAUGGCUGGAAAGAUACGGCGUUUCAAGAGUGGAUACACUAGUCUUUGGCAGAAGCUCAUUGAAUCACUUCCAAUUGAAGUUCUUUACAGAACUGAAGUAUUGGCAGUCAGACGCAAUUCUGACAGUGUUAGCGUUGAUCUAAAAAAUUGCAAUGGGGAAUUCAAAGUGAUGGAAUUUGACAAGAUCAUUGAAAGUCAGAGGAUAUAA